GCCGGUCGUGCUGAGCUGUCUCGUGUUGUCGGCGGCGGCGGCGGCGGCGGCGACGGCGGCGGGAGAGGAGGUUUCCGAAAACGGAAAUGUCGGCGCCUCGGAUUAUUUACUAAAAGUAGUAAACUUUUUGUGGCAACCCAAUGAGUCCUCGUACCAGCAUUCGUGGCCAGAGAUGAAAUUUGGGUGGAAAAUUGUGGUGGGGUCGAUCAUCGGAUUCUUCGGGGCGGCGUUCGGCAGCGUCGGCGGCGUCGGCGGCGGCGGGAUCUUCGUCCCGAUGCUCACGCUCAUCAUCGGGUUCGAUCCCAAAUCAUCCACUGCGAUAUCAAAAUGCAUGAUCAUGGGUGCAGCAGGAUCAACUGUCUAUUACAACCUUAAGCUUCGGCAUCCGACUCUUGACAUGCCCAUAAUCGACUAUGACUUAGCUUUGCUCGUCCAGCCGAUGCUCAUGCUCGGUAUCAGCAUUGGAGUCGCUUUUAACGUCCUAUUUGCCGAUUGGAUGGUGACAGUUCUUCUGAUCAUCCUGUUCUUAGGAACAUCGUCGAAGGCAUUUAUGAAGGGCGUCGAUACGUGGAAGAAAGAAACGCUUGCGAAAAAGGAGGCCGCAAGACGUUCCGAGUCGAAUGAAAAUGAAAAGAUAGAGUACAAAGCAAUCCCUACUGGUCCAGGAAAUGCUCAGAAGGGGUCGAAGACUCCAGAUUCUGAGGUAUCAAUUUUUGAGAAUGUUUGCUGGAAAGAGCUCGGUCUUCUUAUGCUCGUGUGGGUUGCGUUCCUCGUGUUGCAAAUUAUUAAGAAUAAUACGUCGAACUGUUCGAUAUCGUACUGGACAUUAAACAUGCUUCAGAUUCCUGUUGCUGUCGGAGUGACCGGAUACGAGGCUUUCAGCUUAUUCACCGGAAGGCGAGUGAUUGCGUCAAAGGGAGAUGAAGGGGCUAAUUUUAGAGUUCUUCAGCUAUUUCUGUACUGUUUUUUCGGUGUUCUCGCGGGAGUAGUGGGCGGACUCCUUGGCCUGGGAGGAGGAUUCAUUCUAGGGCCUCUUUUCUUGGAACUGGGCAUUCCUCCACAAGUCUCAAGUGCGACCGCCACCUUUGCAAUGACCUUUUCUGCAUCGAUGUCGGUGGUCGAGUACUACCUCUUAAAGCGCUUUCCUGUCCCUUACGCUCUAUUCUUUGUCGCCGUGGCGACAGUUGCUGCUUUUAUAGGCCAACAUGCAGUGCGAAAGCUGAUUAACAUACUGGGGAGGGCUUCUCUCAUCAUUUUCAUCCUCUCUUUCACCAUUUUCGUCAGUGCAAUUUCGUUAGGUGGAGUCGGCAUUUCGAACAUGAUUCAGAAGAUCAGCCACCACGAGUACAUGGGGUUCGAGAACCUGUGCAAGUACCAACCUUAGCAUCAAGAAGAUGGAGGCAGCAGAUAAAUUAUCGAAACUUGUUACACCGCGGGCUUUUCGCUCUCUUGUAGUUUAAAAAGGGCUUUGAGAAUUAGCCCUUUUCACCUCUUAUAGCCGAGUUUUUAACAACAGUUUAGCCUUAAUAAUAAAAAUGCCUUCAAAGUUGCUUCUUUUCUUCA